AUGCCUGAAUCGCCCACCCACAAUCGUCCUCCCACCAACGUGGCUGGAGGCACGGGGACUACGCCAACCCCGGCGAAUAAUAUCGGCGGUGGCGCCGGUUGGGGUGAUCGAAGCUUCCAUAAAGGCGGCAUGAAUGAUGUUCCCAAUGAAGGAAAAGGACAUAUAGAUCCCAGUAACCCCCAUGAAACCAUGGGGGCUUUCCUCGGUCUUAAGGACCAAAAAUCUCGAGCUGAGGCCAAGUAUCUUGCGCGCGCAGGUCUCGCGGGAGAUGAUAUCAAGACCACGACCGACAGCGGAGAGCCCACUUGUUCUGGAGAAGAUCAUUCCUUCAUGGGUACUAAGCCUGGUGGUGCGGAUACUUUGCCUGGUUGGGGAACUAUGAAGAAUGCUUUUGGAAAUUUGAAAUCUUGA